GGCCCUUAUAGUCCCGAGGAAGGGGGAGAGAGAAGCGGACGUCACCUCUUCCUUUUCCACACACUCACCGCCAUUUCCCCGCCGCCCUCGACCCCUUCACCCCCUCGGGACCCGCAGAGGCCUAGUGCGUGUGCUGUGUCUUCAGGAGCGGCUGGGGCACGGCGCUAGAGGGAGAAAAGAGGAAAACAAUUGCUGGGUCUCGAGGUGCUGCUGCUGCUGGGACCUUUUUUUAACUUUUUUUUUUUCUCUCCUGUCUCCUGUCUCUCUCUCUCCCUCUCUCUCCCCCCUUCGAUGAGCCUUUGAGAGGCCCAGGACUCCGCCAGCCAUGUCUUCGGGGAUAAUUGGGUGUCGGGAGUUUGUGGUGGGAGGAAAAUACAGAUUGGUGAGGAAGAUCGGGAGUGGAAGCUUUGGAGACAUCUACCUGGGCAUCAAUAUCACCAAUGGAGAGGAGGUGGCCAUCAAGCUGGAGGCCAUGAAGGCCCGCCACCCACAGCUGCUGUACGAGAGCAAGGUGUACAAAAUCCUGCAGGGGGGCGUUGGCAUCCCUCAUAUCAGAUGGUUUGGCCAGGAGCAGCAGUACAACAUCCUGGUGAUGGACCUGCUUGGGCCAUCACUGGAGGACCUCUUCAAUUUUUGUAGCCGCCGCUUCACUAUGAAGACCGUACUGAUGUUGGCUGACCAGAUGAUUGGCCGUAUAGAGUUCAUCCACAAUAAGAACUUCAUACACAGAGACAUCAAACCAGAUAACUUCUUGAUGGGUAUUGGCCGACACUGCAACAAGCUGUUCCUCAUUGAUUUUGGUCUGGCCAAGAAGUACCGUGACAACCGGUCCCGUGCCCACAUUCCCUACCGAGAGGACAAGAACCUCACCGGGACGGCCCGUUAUGCCUCCAUCAACGCCCAUCUUGGCAUUGAGCAGAGCCGGCGGGAUGACAUGGAAAGUCUUGGAUAUGUACUGAUGUACUUUAACCGAGGCUCACUACCCUGGCAAGGACUGAAGGCUGCCACAAAGAAGCAGAAGUAUGAGAAGAUUAGUGAGAAAAAGAUGUCCACUCCUGUAGAAUCUUUGUGCAAGGGCUUCCCAGCUGAAUUUGCCAUGUAUCUCAACUACUGUCGAGGACUACGUUUUGAUGAAGCCCCAGACUACAUGUAUCUGAGGCAGCUGUUCCGCAUCCUUUUCCGCACGCUGCACCACCAAUAUGACUACACCUUUGACUGGACCAUGCUCAAGCAGAAAGCUGCCUCCACUGCCGCGGCUGUCUCGGGCACCACGCCCCAGCCCCCCGCCACCCCGGGGACCCAGAAGCAGCUCUGAGGGCCCGGCAGCUGAGGGGGCAGCAGCAGCGGGCGGAGGAGGUGGUGUAGCACAUGAGGAACAGAAGAAGGAGGAGAAAAAAACUGAAGCAGACAGAUCACCACCCUCACCCCCAAGCCAAAACACAAGGAAGAAGAGAAGGCUUUUAUCUCCUCCAGAGGGGGAGGCAUUGUGACCUUCCUCCAACAAAAAGUGUAGUGCCUCCUCCCCCACCCUCAGCAAACCUUGGCAGAACGGGGAAAAAUGAGCGGUAAUUCUACAGCGGUGGUGAUAGUCAGCCGUAGAUCUUGAAUGGUGGUGGUCAUUUUGACAGUGGAAAUAAUGUUUGUUGGAUGGUGUUUUUUCAGUGGCAGUAAUUGGCCAUUUGCGAAAGGCAAUUGUUUAAUACUGGAAGAGGCGUUAACUUGACAAUGAUGGCAAGUUCUGUAUGCAGCGAUAGUAAAUGUUGGUGUGCAUGCUUGCAUCUGUAGCUGUGUGUGUGAGUGCAUGAGUGAGUGAGUGAGUGCGGGCGGGUGGGCGGGCUGGUGUGCAUGUGUGUUUGUUUUGCAUAUAUUUCAGGGGCUGGGAAGUGAAAGCCCCCCAAUAUGUUAUUUUGUGUAUUAGCUGCCAGAUAGGCCAAUGAAAGUUGUGUCAGACCGGAGAUGCAUGAAUCAAGUUUGUUUCUCGGUGCUGGCACAACAUGACAGACAUUUUAAAGGUAAUGUUGAUAUUCUUUUGCCAUCGUAAAGACAAAGACAUUUUAAGGGUAAUGUUUCCGAUCUUUCACCAUCAUGAACCAGACGUUGGUGAAGGAUUGAAUUUAUGGCAGCGAGAAGCCAUCGGCACUACUCGAGGCCACUUAGCUGGCGUCGUGUCCAGUCCCAUCGGGGGAGAGGAUGGAGGGAGGGCGAGAAGGAGACUUUAUUGUGUACAUAUUAUAUAAGUGGCACCUGUUUCAUCCUCAGAGUGUGUGUAUGAGUGUUUCACCGGGAGUAAGAGGCCGUGUGCAUGUAGCUGCCAUGUUUGUUUAUCUCCUGUCUAGCCUCGUCUUGUUUACUCUAGCAACAACAGAACAAUAGUAAAGAAAGUAUCUAAUCUUGUCCUCUCCCCCACACCUCCAGUAUCCUCCUGUCAUGAAAUAUAAAUUUGUGGAUAUGACAUGACCCUUCCCUCCCCCCUCUAUAUCCCCAAACAGCUCCCCUCCCCCUUACUAGCCCUACACCCACACAAAAAAAAUCAUAAAGUAAAAAAAAAUUGCGAAAAAAAUAUUCGCUGCAACUUCUUAAUAAAUAAAAUAGGCAAGGGUAAGAUUUUUUUAUUUAGUUUUGCUUUUUGUCAUCUUUUAAUUUUUAAGGAGAAUGUAAAAAUAAAAAGUGAACUCCGCAGCCCCUCUGUAAGUUCGGCUGGAAGUCAGAUUUUUGUGCUGGUGUUCUAAUUUUAUCCACUCUGCCUUUGCCCGCUCGCUGGAGGCAGUAACACACAAACAAAACAGACAAUAGUAACCUAACAAAUAAAUACAAUCCCUAGAAGCUAUUAUGUUCAUGUUUGUACUAAUUGGUGUUCUUAUUUUACCAUACAGAAGAAUGAAAAUAAGAAGACAAAUGUGACGUUUUACACUGAGAAAGGAAUUCCAGUUAAGGUUCUAAAAUUGAAUCGUCCCUUGAAAUAAGCUGACAAGGGAAAAAUUAUUGUAUUGCUUUUUCAUGAGUUAGUCUCCCGUGACUUUACUCACUUGUGAAGAAAGUAUGAAUUAGUCUAGGUUAAACAUUUUGCAAGAUCAUGCUCUCCCAUUAUAUCAUGAGUUGCUUUUUAUUUUUCCCAUCCCUGAUUUAUAUAUACAGUCUAUAUAGAGGUUUCAUUCAUCUUCAGUCACUUGGAUUGACAAGCACCUUUCAGUCAAUCAUAUCCAUCACAUUAUUCCUUAAGGGUCAUGUAGUUGUUUUGAGUUUUGUGAAGUCCAAUUCUUGCUUGCGGAGGCACCCGAGAGCAAUGUUUGUUGAGCGGACACUCCCAGACACGGACACAAAGAAUCCCGUGGCACGCUGUGGUCUAUAGAAGAGUUAGGCAAUAAUCAACUCUGGGGCACACGCCUACACAUGUCUUUUGCUUGAGUUGGACUUGCCAGGCAGGCCUAAGUCUCUCUAAGCUUAGGUCUCAGGGUCUCAAUACUGUUGUCUUGUGGUGACGCCAAGGUUUUUAGCUAAUCCUGAGUCUCACUUGAAAGCCUAGCCUUGAGUUUGCCUACAUGGUGUCAAGUGUGGGUCCUACAAAAAGCCCAGUUCAUAGAUGGACUAAGUUACUUUGUUCCCAGUGGUCCAGGUUUGGGAGUAACUGCUGGAUAUCUAUAAUUUUUUUUUCUCAGAGUGUGCGACUCCUAACUUGGAUAGAGGAUUAAACUAUAUAUAUGGAGUAAGAAAAUAUAUAUAUGUAUACAUUAUAUGGAAGUUAGUUGGGUAAGAAAAAACAAAUUACAUAAUACAUAUAAGGCAACUCCCUGACAGUGAUACACUAGUGGUGGAGUGUAUAAUUUUUUUCCCACCACAGCACUUGCUUGUGUGUGUGUGUGUGCGUGUGUGUGUCUGUGUGCGUGUGUGUAUGCGUGCUUGCAUGUAUGAGCAUGCAUGCAUGUGCACAUGCACACUUGUUUGUAUACAUGUGUAUGUUGUAUGUGUUUAUGUAUGAUUUUUUUUCUUAAUUGCAUUUUACAAGAUUGCAAGAAUGUAAAUGACUUCACAAAAUUCAAACCCUCAUGUGUAUAAAUACGCAAACAAUACACACACACACACACACACACAGACAAUGAACACAAAUAAUACACACAUGCAAACAGUGCUAUGUUUGAUUUAGGAUUUUUAUUGUCGAGUAAAAUCUGAAUUAUGAUAAAAUGUUUAUAAAACAUAAUUAACCUAUUUGUCAUAUGAAUUAGGAAGCACAUGCCUUUGACAGCAAACAAAUGUCAGCAGCUUGUCCACUUGGCUCAUACCAUGAAAAACCUUGUAUUUUUUUAGCAAUCACCCUUUGUAAGCAGUAGCUGAAAAGGGAUGGAUUUAGAUUACCUAAUUUUAUGUAUUAGUUGGAAAAUGAAAUGCUGAUAUAUGAUAAAAGAUGCAGUCCAUAUUUAACAGUGACAGUAUCUGGCUAAACCCUGCAUGCAGGAAUCAGUAAGAUGUGUCAGGGCAAAAUAUACAGGUAUUAUGCUUUCAAAAGUAUUUGUUGCUUUGACUGGUUCAGAUAACAAGACUGAAUCUUUUAGAGAAGUUACACAAGUAAAAUAGUUUUGGUGGAGAUGCUUUUAUAACUUCCCAUGGUCUGGUCUGAGGUAAAUAAAAUUCUCAGCCUUUAGACCAGGAUGAUGCUGGGGAAACAUCAAAUUUGGUAAUAUAUUGUACACACACACACACACACACACACACACACAUUGUAAAACUUUUGCUCUUAUUAUUUUUUACCAAUUGAACAAUGCUCUUUGUUUCUCAGUCAUGUGAAGCUGUAGUGGUUGCCUAGAAGUGUAGACUAAUAAAAAUGGAAAAUUGAA